UAUAUCACUGACAAUUCAUCUGCACUUUUUGUCUUUCUUCCUCCUCUCUCUCACACAGUCACUGUACAACAUUCACUUUCUCAUUCCUUUGAUCUAUAAAGCAUCAAAAAACAUCUCUCCAUUACUAAUAACUUCUACUUCCAUUUCUCUCUCACUUUUUUACAAUCUUUUAAAAUUUUCACCGGAAAAAAUGGACCAAGUUCAGCCAAUGUACCGGCCACCACCACCGGAGACACCAAAAGAACCUAUGGAAUUUCUAUCUCGUUCAUGGAGUCUCUCUGCUUUUGAAGUCUCUAAAGCUUUAGCUCCUCCUCAAGUUUUACCUAAAUCACUGUUUGGUGGUACCCCUUCUUAUAUUGGGAGUGGUAGUGGUACUAUACCGGAAGAUAUCGCAGCCGAAUUAGAUGAAUCCGCCAUUGUUUCCGGCAACCCUUUUUCUUUUGCUUCGUCGGAAACUUCUCAGCUUAUUAUGGAACGUAUUAUGUCUGUUUCUCAGGAUGUUUCACCACGCACAUCUGGACGGCUCUCUCACAGUAGUGGACCAUUAAAUGGUGGCUCUCUUACAGACAGUCCCCCUGUUUCUCCUUCUGAAAUGGACGAUUCUAAGUACUGUCGUGUAAACAAUGUACCGGUUAAUAAUCAGUAUAGGAGUAGUGCUACUGCUACUAGCUCGGCUGUUACUGGUGGUGGCGGUGGUGGUGGAGGAGGGAGGACUGUGGGUAGGUGGUUGAAGGAUAGGAGGGAAAAGAAGAAAGAGGAGAUGAGGGCACAUAAUGCUCAACUUCAUGCUGCUGUAUCGGUUGCAGGAGUUGCUGCUGCUGUUGCUGCUAUUGCUGCGGCUACUGCAGCUUCAUCUGGUAGUGGAAAGGAUGAGCAGAUGGCGAAAACUGAUAUGGCUGUGGCCUCUGCUGCUACAUUGGUGGCAGCUCAGUGUGUUGAAGCCGCUGAGGCUAUGGGAGCUGAGCGUGAACACCUUGCCUCGGUUGUUAGUUCUGCUGUGAACGUUCGAUCAGCAGGGGAUAUUAUGACAUUAACUGCAGCUGCAGCUACUGCUCUACGUGGUGCGGCUACCUUAAAGGCUAGAACAUUGAAGGAAGUAUGGAACAUAGCAGCAGUAAUUCCUGUUGAUAAAGGUAUGGGAAGUGGCAAUGGUGGUGGUAGCAAUGGUAGUUCAAGUGGCGAGCUAAUCCCCGAAGAGAAUUUUCUUGGAAUUUGCAGCAGGGAAUUACUUGCUCGAGGUGGUGAGCUCCUCAAACGUACUCGCAAAGGUGACCUUCAUUGGAAGAUAGUAUCUGUAUAUAUAAAUAGGACAGGACAGGUGAUGCUAAAAAUGAAGAGUAGGCAUGUUGCUGGGACCAUAACAAAAAAGAAAAAGAAUUUGGUUCUGGAAGUGAUGAAAGAUAUUCCGGCUUGGCCAGGGCGCCACUUGCUUCCGGGUAGUGACAACUUCAGAUACUUCGCGUUGAAGACUGUUCUACGAGGGGUCGUUGAGUUUGAAUGUAGAGAUCAGAGAGAGUAUGAUCUAUGGACUCAAGGUGUUUCAAGGUUGCUAAGUAUUGCUGCGGAAAAAAACAGUAGACAUAAAUUUUGAUGUUGUUUUUUUUCAAGUGUAGAAACUUGCAUAAUGAGUAAGUUUGGUUUAGUAAGGGGUUUUAUGUUUUUUUUUGCCUCUUUUGAUGGGAUUUUAGACUAACAAAAUGCUAUGAUAUUGGAUGGGGUGUUUGUUUUUUACUUGUGGAAGUAUUUCUAUUGUAAAAAAAUGAAAUUAAAAGUAUAUGUUAUCCAAAUGGGGUCCUACUUAUUUUA